CAAUUAGUCGAGGAAGUUUGUUUCAUCAUUACACAGUAUCGUUGUUCCUUUCAACAAUUCCGUAGUUGUCACCUAUGGCUGAAGACGAGGCUCCACCUCAGCCGGUCUGGGAAGGCCCAGUCGAUGAGGAUGGAAAGCCAAACGGGCAGGGCAAAAUGGCAUACCCACCUCCUCCAAUGGGCGAGGAUGACGAGGAGGAGAAGCCAGGGGAUACCUUUGAGGGCACCAUGAUACACGGAACUCGACAAGGGAAAGGCACCUAUGCUUGGUCAAACGGUGCAAUAUACACAGGGGACUACGUGAACAAUAAAAAGCACGGGAAAGGGAAAAUGGUCUUUCCGGAUAAGGGAGUUUAUGAAGGUGACUGGGUAGAGGACGUGAUGCAGGGCUCCGGGACGUUCACCUAUCCCAACAACGACGUGUACCAGGGCGAGUUCCAGUCAGGCAAGCGACACGGCAAGGGCAUGUACCAUUAUAAGGCCCCCUGCUGCCAGCUGGUGGGCGACUGGGUGGAGGGACACUUCACGUACGGGCGCUGGAUCUUCAAGGAUGGCUCCAUGUUUAUGGGCAAGUUUGCGGAAAGCAAGCCCACCGCAGGGUCAUACUUCUACUCGACGAGCAGCCUUGUGCAGGAGGGACACUUUCUCAAGGACGGCAUGUGGGUGGGGCACAGGGACCCCGUCAUAGGCAAGGAGUUCACAGUGGCCUGAGCUUUGGCAUCCUUGCUCUGACUCCUCGAGCUUGUGGCCUGAGUUCAGGGGGCAGUAUCUACAGUGUACGACAAGACUGUAUAUUCCCGUAAUGGCACAUAUUUCUAGGGGAAGAAGUAUGCUUUCCCGGCGACCUGGAUAAGCGUGUGCAUAUUUUGGCAUGUGCAAGGGGUAUCAGGGCCUUCACAUAUCAUUGCGACCUCGGCUAUCUGCGGACUCUGCUUUUGUAAAGGACAAACAAGCAACUUUACUAAACGGCUAUGUAAUAUGAUCACUGAUUUAUGUAAUGAAUUUAAACUUUG